AUGGUGUCCCGCAAGAACCCCAACCAGCCGUCCAAGAACCGGCUCGCGUCGCGCGCCGGCAAGGUGCGCAAGGAGAGCGCGCGCCGCGAGGCCACGGUCGGCCUCGACAAGGUCGCAAAGGCCGACACGCGCCACGGCGCCCGCCCGGGCCUGAUGCCGACCAGCGGGCCGCGCAAGCCGCUCAGCGGCAAGAAGGCGAAGAAGGUGCAGCAGCGCCUGGCGCUGGCGCUGAAGCGCAAGCAAGAGGCCGAGGGCGAGGUUGAGAUGAAGGAUGCCCCGGCUGCUGGCAAGACGACGGCCAAGGACGCUGUGGUGCAGAUGGAGAUCUCAUGA